AAAUCCCCGCCGCCAUGGCCACAGUGGGAGAAGUUGCGACGAUUGAACCGCAGCUGCCGCAGCUGGAUGUGGUGCACGGCCCCAAGGAAUGCAAGGAAUGCAAGGAACUACAAACAGCUGAGGCAUUGCUCCGUAGUGAAGAAGAGCCAGAGAAAGUCGCGGUGGUCGAAGUGGAGAUCGGGAGUUCCCAGAGCAAGGCAACGCCGCGGCAGAUCUCCACGCUCUGCAACAAGGCCUAUGGCUACCGACGCCUCUCCGAAUCGGAAGCCCGUUCAAGGCUAGCCAUGGGCGACGGAGGUUCCAAUCGCGUGCUUCACGUGGCGUACCGCAACGGCGAGUUGGUUGGCUGUUGUUCCUCCACGCUGCAACCACCAUGGACUCCCAGGAGUUGUGGACACUGGGGACUUUUGUCAGUUCAUCCUGAUGCACAGGGGACUGGUGUGGCCUCAGCGUUGAUUGCCGCUGCCGAAAGGCGAUUGCUGGAUGCUGGAUGCAGAAGCAUUCAAAUUGAGUAUGAGUUCACCGCCAGCGACCCCGAUUCGGAACGACUGCUGCAGUGGUAUGAGGGAAAGUGCGGCUUCAAGAGUGGUUCUCCCCCACCGAAGCGUGGCUCGGAAUUCCGUUGCUGUCGAAAGAAACUCGACGAAGAUAGCGUGUACAAGAGCUCUGGUGAAGUGGUGACACGCCUGAGCCGAGUGUCCCUCUCUGAAGCCUCCGAGUCCGAUUUCAACCGCAGCAGCGAUGAAGACGAGUUGGAACGAAGGGCAGUGAAGAUGUGUCGAGUGUCAUAGAAAUCCUCCAAGAAAUUGCUGAAAACUGCUGGAAGUUGGAAAGUAUUUGCUGAUAUUUGCU